AUGGAGGAGAGGCGACGGGCCAUAGCUGCAUCAACAACUCAACAAGCAGGACCAAGAGGUCCUGGAUCCUCGGUAACACGUUCAAGGCCUCAGUUGCAAGAUUCCAGCGAGUAUCAACAACGCUUCGAUGAGAAUGAGGACACUAGCGAAGACGAAUCAUCGGACAACUGCUUGGACAGAGACACUCUCCCAACUCAGACUCAAAACUUUGGCCCCAAUGAUCUUCUCCCACUUGACCCACUUCUCUCGUAA